GGAAAUCGCUGCGUUGGUUUUGUUUGGAGAUGCAGUCAAGAGGGAGAGAGUGAGAGAGAGAAAUCGAGAGAGGGAGAGGGAGAGGUUAUCUCUUCUUUGGUAUUUUUUUUUCCUUUUGCAGAGAGAGAGAGAGAGAUAGCGAGGAAGCGAGAGUCCCUCUCCUUUUCCCCUCCAUUUCUUCCAUUGGAUCCCCCAAAAGGCCCAAGCUUUUUCUCUGCUUUUGUUUCUCUCCUCGUCGGAAUCGGUUGCUUUUCCCAGAUGGGUUUUCUCUGGAUUUAGCGUUGAAACAUGUUCGAGCCUACCGAUUCCAGGAGAGAGAGCCACUGAACCACCACGCUGUUAAAUAUCACUCCCUGAUUCUUUCUUGAACUGUUAAACGUGCAAUUGAGGUGAAAAAUCCUUGGAGAAGAUGGGUCGUAGAAGGAUAAGGUCAAGGAUCCAGAAAAGCCAUUUCUACACAUUUAGAUGCCUGAGACCGACGACCCUUGAAGACCAAGGGCCGCAUCCCAUUCAUGGACCCGGUUACUCGAGAAUCGUCCAUUGCAAUCGACCUCAUCUCCAUCUGUCUAAACCCUUUAGGUACCGUUCCAACUACGUAUCCACCACCAGGUACAACAUGCUCACCUUCUUGCCCAAGUGCUUGUACGAGCAAUUCCACCGUGUUGCCAAUUUCUACUUCCUCGUUGCUGCGAUUCUCUCUGUGUUCCCUCUUUCCCCGUUCAACAAAUGGAGCAUGAUCGCUCCUUUGGUUUUCGUUGUCGGGCUUAGUAUGGGUAAAGAGGCACUGGAGGAUUGGCGCCGGUUUAUGCAGGAUGUGGAAGUAAAUUCCAGGAAAGCAAAUGUUCACAAAGAGGGUGGUGAUUUUGGUCGUAGAAAGUGGAAGAAGAUCCGUGUCGGGGACGUAGUGAGGGUAGAGAAAGAUGAAUUUUUCCCGGCUGAUCUGCUUUUGUUGUCAUCGAGUUACGAGGAUGGGAUCUGUUAUGUGGAGACCAUGAACUUAGACGGCGAAACCAAUCUGAAAGUAAAGAGAUGCCUGGAUGCAACCUUGCCUUUGGAGCACGACGGUUCUUUUCAGACUUUCUCUGCAACGAUAAAAUGCGAAGAUCCAAACCCUAACCUGUAUACAUUUGUCGGGAAUCUCGAAUAUGAAGGCCAAGUUCAUCCGCUUGAUCCUAGCCAGAUUCUCUUGAGAGAUUCAAAGCUCCGGAACACUGCUUACAUCUAUGGGGUGGCGAUAUUCACCGGCCAUGAUACCAAAGUCAUGCAGAAUACUACUAAGUCCCCUUCAAAGAGGAGCAGAAUCGAAAAGAGAAUGGACUACAUUAUAUACACCCUCUUUGUCCUCCUUAUGUGUGUUUCCAUCAUCAGCUCUCUUGGAUUUGCUUUCAUGACGCAGUUUCAUAUGGCGAAUUGGUGGUACUUACAACCCGACAAACCCGAGAGCUUGACAAAUCCGAGAAACCCUAUGCAUGCUGGUGUUGUCCACCUGAUCACUGCUCUCUUGCUCUAUGGAUACUUGAUUCCCAUCUCUCUAUAUGUUUCCAUUGAGGUUGUAAAGGUCUUGCAAGCAACUUUCAUUAACCAGGACUUGCAUAUGUAUGACAGUGACAGCGGGACUCCGGCUCAAGCCCGUACAUCAAAUUUAAACGAAGAGCUGGGACAAGUUGACACGAUUCUUUCUGAUAAAACGGGAACUUUGACGUGUAACCAGAUGGACUUUCUGAAAUGCUCCAUAGCAGGGAUUUCUUACGGUGUUCGUGCUAGUGAAGUAGAAGUAGCUGCUGCAAAGCAGAUGGCUAUGGAUUUCGAGGAGCAAGAUGAAGACAUGUCCGAUAUUCCAAAGACCAAGAACAAGAAGCGUGGCUACAUGAAAAUGGCUAGCAAGACUUCAUCUGAUUUUGAGUUGGAAACUGUAAUUACUGCUAGCGAUGACAAGGACCGAAACCAGGCUGGCAUUAAGGGGUUUAGUUUCGAGGACAACCGUCUCAUGGAUGGAAACUGGUUACUUGAACCCACCCCAGAUGAUAUUUUGAUGUUCUUCCGUAUACUGGCCGUUUGUCACACUGCUAUUCCUGAGGUGGAUGAAGAGACAGGGAAGUUGACUUACGAAGCAGAGUCUCCUGAUGAAGUGUCUUUCCUUGUGGCUGCAAGAGAGUUUGGUUUUGAGUUCAGUAAGAGAACCCAAUCAAGUGUAUUCAUCAGUGAACGAUCUUCGUCUUCAGCCCAACCAGCUGAAAGAGAAUACAAAAUUUUAAAUCUUUUGGACUUCACUAGCAAAAGAAAAAGAAUGUCUGUCAUCGUUCGUGAUGAAGAAGGACAGAUCCUUCUCCUCUGCAAAGGCGCUGACAGCAUCAUUUUUGAUCGGUUAGCCAAGAAAGGGAAGACUUACCUAGGAGCUACUACAAAACAUUUGAAUGAAUAUGGUGAGGCUGGCUUGCGCACAUUAGCACUUGCUUACAAAAAUCUGGGUGAAGCCGAGUAUUCAGCGUGGAAUAGUGAGUUCCUGAAAGCUAGAACUUAUGUUGGAGCUGAUAGGGAUGCAAUGCUCGAAAAGGUAUCGGAUGUGAUGGAGAGGGAAUUGACCCUUGUUGGUGCAACUGCAGUGGAGGACAAACUGCAGAAAGGGGUGCCCCAAUGCAUAGAUAAACUUGCCCAAGCUGGUCUCAAGAUAUGGGUUUUGACAGGAGAUAAGAUGGAGACGGCAAUAAAUAUAGGAUACGCCUGCAGCUUACUCCGACAAGGUAUGAAGCAGAUCUCCAUAGCACUGACAAGUUCAGAGGAAUCGUCCGAAGCCCCUGAAGUUGUUGCGAAAGAGAGCAUUUUGAUGCAGAUCACAAAUGCCGCACAGAUGAUCAAGCUAGAAAAGGAUCCACAUGCAGCAUUUGCUUUGAUAAUUGAUGGGAAGACACUUACAUACGCUCUGAAGGAUGAUAUCAAGUUUCAGUUUCUCGCCCUUGCAGUUGAUUGUGCAUCUGUCAUUUGCUGUCGUGUCUCUCCCAAGCAGAAAGCACUUGUAACGAGAUUAGUGAAAGAAGGAACAGGAAAGGUCACCCUAGCCAUUGGAGAUGGUGCGAAUGACGUCGGAAUGAUUCAAGAAGCUGAUAUUGGUGUAGGUAUCAGCGGUGUUGAAGGCAUGCAGGCUGUAAUGGCUAGCGACUUUUCCAUAGCCCAGUUUCAGUUUCUGGAGAGACUACUCGUUGUCCAUGGUCACUGGUGCUACAAAAGAAUAGCACAAAUGAUCUGCUAUUUCUUCUACAAGAACAUAACAUUCGGUCUAACUCUCUUCUAUUACGAGGCUUUUACUGGGUUUUCUGGUCAAUCUAUAUACAAUGACUCCUAUUUGUUGCUCUUCAAUGUCGUUCUCACGUCUCUCCCCGUCAUCAGCCUCGGAGUUUUCGAGCAAGAUGUUCCUUCUGAUGUCUGUUUACAGUUCCCUGCGUUGUACCAGCAAGGCCCCAAGAACCUGUUUUUUGAUUGGUACAGAAUCUUGGGGUGGAUGGGUAAUGGAGUUUACUCAUCCAUAAUCAUUUUCAGCCUCAACAUUGGGAUCUUCCAUGUCCAAUCCUUCCGUUCCACUGGCCAAACUGCCGAUAUGAAUGCCAUGGGAACCAUGAUGUUCACUUGCAUCAUCUGGGCAGUGAACGUUCAGAUCGCAUUAACAAUGAGCCAUUUCACUUGGAUCCAACAUCUCUUGAUCUGGGGAAGUAUCGGUGCCUGGUACAUAUUCUUAAUCCUUUACGGAAUGUUGCCCCCGAAGAUGUCGGCCAAUAUCUUCCACAUGCUGGCAGAGACUCUGGCCCCUGCACCGAUAUUCUGGCUCACGAUUCUGCUAGUCAUAGCUGCCACUGCUCUGCCUUAUUUUUGCCACAUCUCAUACCAGAGAUCGGUGAACCCUCUUGACCAUCACAUCAUACAAGAGAUAAAGCAUUACAGGAUCGAUGUCGAGGAUGAGAGGAUGUGGACAAGGGAACGUUCCAAGGCCAGAGAGAAGACGAAGAUAGGGUUCACGGCUCGUGUUGAUGCAAAGAUCCGACUACUGAGAGGGAAGCUUCAGAGGAAGCAAUCUGUGUUGAGCACUGUGAGCGGUACUUCAUCUAACGAUACAGGACCUUCUUCAAACACACAGACACAGACUUGAAAGUGGGGAACUUUUACUUGAUCUGGUAAGUUUCCUUUUUUUCCUGCUACUUUCUCGGUAAUUCUCGAGAGAGAAAGAAAAAAAGGAAAGAACUUUCUUGGCAGAGAAAGUUGGGUUGAAGGUGUAGAAACAUAAAGUCCCUGUCUUUGGAUCAGAUCUUCUUCUUAUACCAUGUGAGGUACUGCGGCCAAACAAGAAAGGAGAAGAAAUGUUGUAUUGUGUUGAGUGCGUGUCUAUGUUUUGUGUACACUACAAAACUAAAAGAGAAAAAUGUGUGAUGAGAGUAAAGAGUUUUCUGAAAAUAUUUUUUGAAACAAUAUAUAUAUAUAAUUCUUUUUUUCUUCCUU